CUGUGGAAUUCUUGACUAACCGAUUCCUGUGUGCAGACCGGAAAGUUUCUCUUUCGUUUGAUGUCAUCUGUACCUAAGUGAUCUGUCGAAAAGUAUUAAUCCGGCAUGUUAAUCUUUAGUGAAAUUAGUUACCUUUGAUUAAAUAUAAUUUUGGUGAUUGUGUGCUUCAUUUACAUCGUUAUUGUGAUCUGUAAUUUUUGUUUGUAAUUAUGAAUCGUCCUCGUCUCGAAGUACCCAGAGAACUGACUAGUUUGCUGUUAGAUUUUACCGUAAAUGUUUUAUUGGAGAAACCGGCGGAUUUAGUGGACUAUGCCGUUAGUUAUUUUACAAAGCUUAGAGAUGAAGGUCGAAGUAAUAAUCGUGAAGAAUCUGUUCCAGCUGUAACAUGCGAAGAUGAAGAUGCUCUAAGCGAAGACGAUGAAAUUGAUGAGCCACCUCCUGUUAGAAAGACACAAAACCAGUAUUCAAGGCGCAAGUCUGUGUUUGCGGAACAAUAUAAUCCAGAAGAUGACGAGGAUGAUGAUGUAGAAAGACUUAUUUUUCCAAAAUCAGAUGAACAAAGGCAAAGGCUUGGUGAAGCUGUUCGUAAUAUUCUUCUGUUUAGAUCUUUAGAUAAAGAACAGAUGCAGGAUGUAUUAGAUGCCAUGAUGGAAAGAAAGGUAAAACCUGGUGACGUUGUUAUCAAACAAAAUGACGAUGGUGACUACUUUUAUAUCAUUGACGGUGGAGUUUAUCAUAUAUAUGUUGACACUGACCAAGAAAAAAAUAAACUGGUUGGGAAAUACGAUAAUGCAGGCAGCUUUGGUGAACUAGCAUUAAUGUACAACAUGCCUCGGGCAGCUACAAUCGAAGCAGUAUCUGAUGGUACAUUAUGGGCCAUGGAUCGCCAAACAUUUCGAAGAAUAGUUUUAAAGAGUGCUUUUAAAAAGAGAAAAGAGUAUGAAAAACUCCUGGAAGGUGUUCCUAUGUUACAAACACUAGAACAAUAUGAAAGAAUGAAUCUUUGUGAUGCUCUUAUGCCAAAAGCUUACUCUGAUGGGGAAUUAAUUAUUAAACAGGGUGAUGAAGCAGAUGGAAUGUUUUUCAUUGAAGAUGGUGAUUGCAAAAUAACAAUGUUAAAAGAGGUUGACGGUAAAAAAGAGGAAAUGGAAGUAGUAACACUGACAAAAGGCCAAUACUUUGGAGAAUUGGCACUCGUCACUCAAAAACCAAGAGCGGCUUCAGUAUAUGCAGUUGGCAAUGUUAAAUUAGCAUUUUUGGAUGUUGCUGCUUUUGAAAGGUUGUUGGGACCCUGUAUGACUAUAAUGAGUCGUAAUGUUGAUCAUUAUCGGAAGCAAGUUGUGGAAUUAUUUGGCUCAGAAGCAAACAUUAGUGAUUUACGAUGAUCUAGUUUUCAUUCUUUUUUCAUCCUUAAACAUUUGGUUGAACAUUAUUAUGCCCUACAUCAUAUCUGAGGUCAGACCAAGUACCUCUUAUAAAAUGUCUCAUUUAUGUUAAUCUAGUCUCAUUUUCUGUAACAGAUAGUGCAUUACUAAAUGUUUAAAAAAAAUAUGUUGUGUAGCUCAUUUAUGCAUACUAGAACAAUUUCUAGUCUGUUUUCAUAAUCAAGAAUAACAAGUUUUUACUUGUUUCAAAAAUUUACGUAGGUGGUGUAAUCUGUGCAAGUAAAUGUGUGUAUGUAUAUACAUAUAUGUAUAGUAUAUGUGUGUAUGCUUAUGCAUUUGUAUACAUACAUACUUAAAUCAGAUAUUGGCGUCAUAUUAAAAUGUAACUGUAUGCACGAAGCAAAAGCUGUAACCAAGACUUGGUUGAUACUCGAUUUACUGGUACAAUGCUUCGUUUUUAAAAUUUGUUGCCAUAAAAUUUUUAUGUUUAUAAUAACAUUACCUAUUUUUUUUUUUUUGAGAUGUUAACUGUGUUAUGAUAAAAUAAACAUCUGUGUGUCAAAUGCUGCAUGUAUUCAGUGACCAAUUUAAUUGGUCUUAUCUGAAUUUGAAUGUUUUUACUUAUUAAAAAUGUUAUGAUCUUGAUGUGUGGAACGCUGUAUUGAUGUUUAUAACUUCAUAAAGCCUGGUAUUCCUUUUUUUUUUUAAAACAUAUUUGGAAAUUACAAAGUUUUUCUCUUCCUUUUCUUGAAAAAACAAAAUCAUUUAAACAUGAAAUAUUUUAUCAAAUAUUAACACUUUUAUAACUAAAUGAAAUCAUUGUUUCCUUUAAAUAAAUUAUUUUUACUUGGUUUUAUAAUUGUCUAAACUUUUUUAAAGGCAUAUCCUAUAUCUAUGUAUGAAAUACAUAAUGUCUUAAAACUGUGUUUCAAUUUUUUAAACUGGUACAUAAAACUGAAAGAAAAAUGUUUUUGUUUACAUCCAUUCAGAACUGCCAAAAUGUCGAACUUGUAAUAUUCAUAUGUUAUUGUUCAGUUUUAGUAUAUUUCUUUUUUUCUGAUUAAACAUGUGUAUAAUUUUUUUAGAAAAAUUAUUAGGUUUAAGAAAAUGAGUUUCUUUAUCAUGCUUAUUGCACCUAUGCAUACAUAAUUAUGACACCCUUGCAGCUAUAGUUUUUUUCUUUUUUUUUUUGGAAUUCAUUUUAUUUCAAAUUAUCUAAAAUUUAGCUGAUAAUCUUGCAAUUGAAGUACUUCACGAAAAUAUAUUACUAAUCUAAAUAAGUGUGCCUUUCUUUAGUCAGAUCAUGUUGUAAAAUUGAAUAGGUAAGCUUAUAUUAAGCAACUGUUAAUUAGUAAAGUUAAUACUAAAUUACCUAGAGUAAUAUCAUUUUUAUUUAACUGUAAAUGAUAGAAAUAAUAGUACUUUUUCAAAAUGAAAAGUUUAAUUAUAGAAUAUUUAUGAGUUUAUUAAGAGAAUAUUUUUGAUUAUUCAAUUAAAAGUUCAUUUAAUUAUUCUCAGACUAGAAUUUCAUUAUAAAGCUUUUUCUCAAGUUAAAGAAAAUCCUUGGUUAAACAUUAUUGUUUUAUAAGGUGCAAUUAGUUUUUAUAGUAACUUUAAUUUAACAUUCAUUGAAUCAUUCCUUUAAAAUUCCUUUAAAAAUCAUUCCUGUAAAAUAAGUGUAUAAAAUGUACAUGAAAACAUUUAAACACAAAAUUAGAUAUAAUUCUAGUGUAACUUGAUGAAAUGAUUAUAUUUUAUAUAAUCUUGUGAAUUAUAUUUUCACUGAAGUAACAUUAACAUAAUUUAAAACUGUCUCUUGUCACUAUAGGAAUAAAAUAUCAGCAUUUCUAUUUUAAGUAUAGCUCCAGUUUUUUUGUGCAAAUUAGUGUAAUAAUUUUUCAAACUUCUUCUAAAUCAAAACUUUUAUUUUGAAAUUUGACAUCUAUUUCAUAAAUAGAAUAGAGAUGUAGAAUGCUUGAAUAAGACAAAGAUGUCCUUUUAUACCUUUUUGUGAAAUUAUAGCAUUUAUAUUGCAGAUGUAGACGUUUACUAGCAAUUAAUCCUUAAUUGAUAUAAACACUAAUAAGAUUAUAUCUGCCCUAAGCAAUAUAUUUCACUGUUACGUUUAUAACCUAUGAUGCUGAAAUAGUUUGUGAAGUUAAUAUUUAUAGGCAACGAAAAUUGUUAAAAAUUCACUAUGACUAUUGAUUAUGUUAGCUCAAUACAUGUUGAGAUUAUUAAGAACCUGUAAUCAUGUUGCUUCUUGAAAGUGAAGGCCAUUUUUGUAUAAGAUUUUAUCAAAUAAAUAAUACAGUUUGGUAACUUAUUUGAAAUUCUCAGGAGUCUUAAGUUUCAUUUAUGGAAAAUAUAGUUUUUUUUUUUUUUUUUCCUACUUUAACUUCUGACUAUUGGUGCUUCUAUCACUCUACUUAUAUAUUUUUAAAAUGUCAGUGAUAAUUAGCUUAAAUUUAUAUAAAGAAUAUAUAUAUCCCUAAGUCAUACAAAAUUUUGUUUACUUCACAAAUGUUUCAUUAUCAAUUUAUUUUCAUUUUAUUGCAAUUUAUGUUUGUCCCUUUUCAACUUAAAUCUCACUGACAUAAUUUAAUUCAUUGGUUUUUAUUUACUACACAUUGAUUGUACUUUUAGACAUUCAGCAAUACUGUUUCUUGUCCUAAAAUAAACCAUUUUAAUCUGUUUCCUCUAAGUAUAACGACAGAACAAUUAAGAGGACUAUAUUAUGAAUCUAAUUAAUAACAGACUACUUAUAUUUUUAACUUUGCUUCCUUCAAUGGCAUUUACUUUGUCACCGAUUUCUUUAAACUCAUGAAUAUCUGUUGAAAUGUUCUAUGUACACUCUGCUUGUCUUCAAACUGCAUUUGGUGUUUUUGAAUGAACUUAAGGGCAUGUAAUGUUUAUCAUAAUGGAGUAUGUAAUUUGAUUAUCCCUAUAAACAAAUUGCUAACAUUUUUUGUAAUACUUAAACAAUUCAAAAGACUAUUUUGGUCACUAAAUUGGGUUUGAUUGAACUUACAGUUUUGUAAAUAAAGAAUUCCAAACAAAUCCAUUGUUAAUUUAAACUUUUCUACAUUGUGAGCUAAUAAUUUAAAAUAUUAGUGUAAAAAGUAUUUAAACAUAUUUGCUUAGCAUUUCUUUCAAUUGGGACGAGUUUAAGUGUUUUAAGUUUAUAUUUAUGACAAUUUAAUAGUCUUCUUAUAACUCUACAAUACUUACAACUCAAACGUUGUUUUAAAUAUACUUUGCUUUUCAGUGCAUUUUUUUAAAAACAAUUUCAUAAAUAAUAUCAAUAUAUAAGUGAUCAAUAAUUUUCAUUAAGAAAUAAGAAUUUCCUUAUUAAGUUUAAUAAUUAUUUGAACAAAUUACUGAACAUUUUAGCUAUUUUCAAGUUAUUUCUCUUUAAGAUACAAUAAGGAUGAACAGCUAGCAUAAUAUUUUACAAUGAAAAUCCAACAACAUGCUAUUAAUAUGUCUAUCAAUGUUUCAAACUUUUUUUAUUAUAGAAUUAAAAAAAAUUUAAAAUAUUAAACUUUAAAAUCAUACGCGCUUAAAUAUAGUGCACAUCAGUUAAUGUUCAUUUUUCUAUCUAUUUUAAAAAUUACAACUUUAUUCAAGCAUUGUAAUUUUUCCAUAUUUCAUUUGUUUUUCAUACUGUCACCAAAAGAAAGUAUUUCAUUUCAUGUUUAUGUGUCAUUAUCCUGCAACUUUUUUUUCCUUUCAAAAAAUUUUUGAUUACGUGAGGAACCAAAGUUUUUAGUUUCUAAGAAAGAAAUCUUUAAUUCUUUUACCUUCAUGUGAAUCUUACCAAAAUUUUGUUCCAAGAUAAAUUUGAAAAAAAAAAAAAAAAAGAUGGUAUAUGCAUCACCAGCUGCAAAAUAAGUAUUAUAAACCUGCAUUUACUCAUUUGUGGAAUAAACUCCUAAGCUCUCUUCAAAUGUGUUACUAUAUAUUAUACUUAAAUAAUUUAUAUUUCAUAUUACAAUCAUUUAAAGAUAUCAGCAUUAUUUUUUGCAUUGGCUAAUUUCUUAUUUUUAAGAACAUUAGUUUUAAAUAUUAAAUAUGUUCCAUCUAAGUGUUCUAAGAAAUGUUUCUUUUUUUUCUGAGAUAUAUUGAAGUCAUUUAGCCAAAACAUGGGAAUUAAAAUAUGGUUCAUGUAGACUGUGUUGAUUUUGAAAAAUUGUGUUGUAGAAAGAUUUUAUUCAUAUAGUUGUAGUAUAGGGAUCAUAACAUCCUGGUAAAAAGAAGAAAGUGGUGGCAAGUUUAUAAUUAAAACUAGUGGUAAUUCUCAUUUUAGCUUUGUUUUUGGUAAUCAUGUCAAAAAGAUUUCAGAAUCUUCCUUUCUAAUCCGUUUGUUGCAGCCAAGUGACAAAUUCUUUACAGACUUGCAAUUAGAUAACUUGCUCACUUUCUACUUCUUGUCAAGGUACCAAGAUCCCUGCUAGUUAUAAAUGUUCAAUAUUAACAUAUCCGGUGAGUUCUUUUAGAAUAUUUAAAAUUAUGUAUAUGAAUAGUAUUUUUCAGAAUUGUGUACAAAUUUGUUUGUGAUACGUAUUAUGGCUCUUUUGUAUCUUUUUGUUUGAGAAUUUCUUAAAUGUUUUAUAUGCAUAGAUUUUUAGUAUUUAAACUUCACAACCAGUUAAGUUUUAUGGUAUCUUUUAACAAACAAAACUGUCUUUUUUAAAUUAUUUAUAAAAAGAUCCCAUAGUUCUUACAUUAUGUGAGUUAUAACUUCAAAAUAAACUUGUUUUGCUUGCUAUUUUA